GAGGCGCCCGCUGCGCGACCAACGACGAAUAUCUACUGUGCAAAUCCGAUAUCAAGAGGGAUCUCGUCACCGCCACGGCCGCCAUCUCCGCCCUAGGCACGUUCUGCAUGGGUCUGGCUAACAAGCAUCUUCCGACAGGCCCGUGGGAAUUGCGCCCGGCAUGGGUUUGAACGCAUACUUCGCUUACACCGUCGUCGGUUCUAACGGAUCAGGCCAGGUGCCUUACGAGGUUGCCCUGACGGCCAUCUUCAUUGAAGGCUUCAUUUUCUUCGGCCUUGCCGUGCUCGGUCUGCGGCAAUGGCUCGCACGCGCCAUUCCCCGCUGCAUCAAGCUCGCGACGAGCGUUGGAAUCGGCUUGUUCCUCACUCUGAUCGGCUUGACCUAUGCCGAGGGCAUUGGCCUUAUCAUGGGUGGGACAUCAGUGCCCAUCCAGCUCGCCGGCUGUCGGCAGGAGCAGAUUGUAAACGGCGAGUGCCCGAGCGCCGUCAAGAUGCGCAGCCCCAUGAUGUGGGUUGGGAUUUUCUGCGGCGGCGUCUUCACCGUCAUGCUCAUGAUGUACCGCGUCAAGGGCGCCAUCAUUGCCGGCAUCCUCCUCGUCUCCAUCAUCUCGUGGCCUCGCACGACGCCCGUCACCUAUUUCCCCUACACUCCAGUCGGCGACAGCAACUUUGACUUCUUCCGCAAGGUCGUCGACUUCCACCCGAUCCAGAACGUCCUCAACGUCCAGCGCUGGGAUAUUGGGGACUAUGGCGGCCAGUUCGGCCUGGCCCUCAUCACCUUCCUCUACGUCGACAUCCUCGACUGCACCGGCACCCUCUACUCCAUGGCCCACUAUGCUAACCUCGUCGACCCCGUCACCCAGGACUUUGAGGGCUCCACCAUGGCGUACAUGGUCGACUCACUGACCAUCUCCAUCGGCGCCGUGUUUGGAACGCCCCCCGUCACCGCCUUUGUCGAGUCGGGCGCCGGAAUCGGCGAAGGCGGCAAGACGGGCCUAACGGCCAUGGCCACCGGCCUGUGCUUCUUCAUCUCCAUCUUCUUCGCGCCCAUCUUCGCCUCGAUCCCGCCCUGGGCCACCGGCUGCGUGCUGGUGCUGGUCGGCUCCAUGAUGGUGCACGCCGUGACCGAGAUCAACUGGCGGUACAUGGGGGACUCGGUCCCGGCGUUUGUCACCAUCGCCAUCAUGCCCUUCACCUACUCCAUCGCCGACGGCCUGAUCGCCGGCGUGUGCCUGUACAUCCUGAUCAACUCGCUUGUCUGGGUCAUCGAGAAGGCGUCCGGCGGCCGCCUUGUGCCCCCUAACAAGGACCUCAAGGAGCCGUGGACGUGGCGCACCGAGGGUGGCAUCAUGCCCCCGUGGAUGACGCGCCUGGCCAGCGGAAAGAAGGACUUUUGGCGCGCUGCGCACCCCAACCCGUCUGUGUCAGACGCCGAGGGCGUGGCCGAGAAGAUUGAGGGCAAGACGACAGGGUCGGACCACGACGCGGCGAUGGCCACUGGCCGAGGUGAGAAGGCGACAUAACGAAGGGAGCCAUUCGGAGGGCGGAUCUAAGGAUGGAGUGAUAGGGCGGUCCAAGCGCCGGGAGCCUGAGUUCCAGUUGAAUACAGCGCACUUGUUUUAUGCCAGCCGUUGCCUGGCACUGGGGUCUGUGGCGCGGCGCUGUUCCGGGGAAUGAUACUGGACACAAUGAAGAUAUGUCUUGCCGUUAUUG